GAAGGUGGCGCGCCGCGUUGAACGGUUCGUAAGUUGGUCUGAUUUCUUUCUCUAUCUCUCGCUCUCUGUCAAUUGCGAUCGCUGCGACAGCAGCUGAUCAAAUCGGUCAAGUUCAGCUCCUUUUGCGGCGCAUAGAAUGCCAAACAGAAUAAAGCUCAACGAAUACGCUUAAAAAAAAAUCAAAAGUAUUUUUUUAGCAUUGUAAAUUCAAUUACAAAUACUCAAGAUCAUUUUGUCACAGUGCCAACAAAUAUUAUAUGCAAAUAAAAGGUGUGAUUUGUGUUCAACGCAAAACAAUUUAAAAAUUCAAAUACAACAACAAUAAAAAAAACGUGCUUAUAUAAGUUCUAAGUAUUUCCAAUUACGAUUCACGAUCGCCAGACAAUAAUUAACAAAACAAAAACAAUCUGCGCAGCAGCUUUACUAAAUCGAAAAGAUGAAUGAAUUGAGUGUUGUUCAUCGAAAGGAGCCGUCGAAUGGGGGCAGCUUGCUGGGCCGGCGAUAUGCGGAGCUGUUGCACGGGGAGAAGCACACGGAUUGUGUGUUCCAUGUGUGCGAGGAGCUGCUCAAGGGACACAAGCUGAUCCUGAGUGCUGCCAGUCCGGUCUUUGAGGCCAUGUUCUACGGCCCACUGCAGCAGCUCGAACCGGAACCGGAAAUUGAAAUACCCGAUAUAAGUGCACCAAUCUUUAAGGUGCUGCUGGAAUCGAUAUACACGGGCUGUGUGGACUACGAGUGUAUGCAGCUGGAGGCGUGCAUUGAGCUCUACUAUGCCGCCGAGAAGUAUCUGCUGGAUCAGCUCAUCACGGAUUCUUUGGCAGCCAUCAGACGCAAAUUGCGCUUCUCCAAUGUGCUGCCGGCGCUGGAGCUGAGCGUUUGCAUGGGCCUGGACCGUCUGCAGGAGGUGUGCAUGUCCUUCUUUAUGCGCUGCUGUGUGAACAAUGUGCAGUACAUGAGCUACCUGAAGGAGCACUAUGUGCACGUCUCCAAGGAGUGCGUCAAAUCGAUCAUUGCCGCCAGCAAGGAGCCGCACAAGCUGCUCCUCUGGUAUGUCUGCGAGUGGACACAGCAGGAGUGCGAUGAUGUUGGUGCACUCGGCGACGCAGCAUCCACCUGGCAGGUGGAGCCAUGCCAGGACGAUAUGCCAAGGGAUCAUCCAGCGCCCGCCAAUCUCGUCGAGCGUUGCUAUUAUAAGGCUUGUCGCCCGUUCACAGUGGACGCCGAGUCCCGUACGUGGCGCGUGGGUUUGCGUUGCUCCCGUUUCAUCUCUGUGCUGGGUCUGGUGCUGAACAGUCGCUUGGCGCCGCCGCAGCUGCACACUGCCCACCAUUCGCAGGAGUACCGCGAAUCGCUGCGUCUCGAGCUGUAUGCCGACGAUGGCAGCCGGGAGCCGGGUGAGCCUGUGUGGACGCACUGCAUUCAGGGCCAGACAACGAAAUACAAUUGUGAUCUACAUCUGAGCUGGAGCCGUGACUCCGCCUGCGUCCUAACGCCCGAGGUGCCCUAUCUCCUCCAGUUGCGCUGGGAGAGCAGCUCCUUCGGCGCCGAAUAUCCUUGCAGCCUCCAAUCUUGCCUCGUCGACGGCAUCCGGUUCAUCGAUGGCGACAAUUUCAGCGGCAGCCUCGUCAAGGGACUGCGCUACGUGAACCUAGUUUAGUUUCAGCUUAAUUUACUUUAGUUUACUUAAAUGCAUUAUUUUAAGAUUUAAUUUGUAAUUCGUAUUUAUUGCCUUAAGUUAAUGUACGACGCUCGUUCGAGAGUUCAAUAAACUCAAUAAACAAUA